AUGUCAAAUAAUACAUUUGAAAAUACUUCUGAUGUACGUGAAGUAUUUAAUUCAUACGAUACUGUUGGAGAUGAAAAAAUUUAUGUAAAACAACUUGGUGAUGUUCUAAGAGCACUUGAUUUAAGUCCAACUGAAGCUGAAAUUGUUAAAUAUGCUUCAUAUUAUAAAUCUCCUGAUGAAAGAAUAAGCUACGAAGAUUUCCUUUAUUCUUAUCAGAUUGCACGUAAAUCUUAUAAUCCAGUAUCAAUAGAUGAAAUAAUUGAAGGUUUAUCUCAUUUUGACAAAGAAGGAAAUGGAAUGAUUAAAGUUGCUGAACUUCGUCAUAUACUAACAACAUUAGGAGAACGUCUUGCUGAUGAGGAAGUUGAUAAAUUAAUUGAUGGUCAUGCUGAUUCAAGAGGUAAUAUUUAUAUUGCUGAUUUUGUAAGAAAAGUAAUUGAUUUUGAUCAUUAA